UUAAAAAUACUUAAAAUUAAAUACCUAGCCUAUUUGUCGAGUUAAAGUAAUGCCGAUGAUAUACAGUUAAAAAAAACCGUUAAAUGACAGACACUGACAGACUUUCUGCAACUUCAAAGCCCGCCACGCGCCACUGGCGCCAAUCACUGCAAAUCUCUACGUCAGGAUGAGUGAGCCAAGACUGAAUCGAACUGUUGGAGUCGGAUCUUUUCAAGGAAUCGGUCUGAACGAUUUGUUUACGAACCGGAUGCAGAAUGUUAGGCACUGGAAAUAUGACAUAACAGCAUUAUUAUCACCACCGACUAAACAGAGAACGGUUUUGACAAAUAGUAUGUAUUUUAUUUCUGUAAAAAAUGCAACAAAUAUUAUAGCCAGGAAAUAUAAAUGCAUUUUAGCAAAUGUGUUUAAAAUUCCAAAAAGCACCCUUAUAAACAAAACAAAAAUAUUAGAGUAUUAUCGGUAAGUAAAGCUUACUGGGUAUGCGUAAUGACGUGAAUAGGUUUUGACAGAAAAGAAUCGCUGUACUGUUUUUGAACCGUUCAAAAGAACCGAUCUGAGAAAUUGAAUCGGACCUACCAGCCAUGCGUACUAACUUCCGGUAAAAGAAGUGCGGAGAUAAGCGCUGUCAGUGCUGUCACCCCAAGUAGCAAAUAUUAGGCGGCUAUUUGAAAACACAGCUGACGACUUCGGCCUCAAUGGAUGAACAUCUUAUAUAACCUCACGACGCUCUUAACGUUACCUGCAUCUUUAUAGCUGCACCAAUGCUCGCUUUUGGUUUAACGAUAGUCCGACACGGUGAGACGCAGUGCAACAAAGAUGGCCUUUUGCAAGGUCAGAAGAUAGACUCUCCGCUUUCUGAAAUUGGGAUACGGCAGUCUGAGGCUGCUGGUCAGUACCUCAGGGAUGUAAAAUUCACAAAUGCAUUUGUCAGUGACAUGAAACGUGCCAAGCAGACUGCAGAGAUCAUUGUGAAGAACAACAGAACCUGUCAUGAAAUAGAACUAGUAGCAGAUCCAUCACUUAAAGAGAGAAGUUUUGGUAUAGCUGAGGGAGGUCGAGUCAUAGAAAUGAAAAACAUGGCUAAAGCAGCUGGCCAGCCUUUACCAGAGUUCACUCCAUCCGAGGGAGAGACCAUGGAGCAGGUAAAGGUGCGAAUCAAGGAUUUUCUCAAGGCUAUGUUCCAGCGAAUAGCUAAUGAUCAUCAAGACAAAAUACAAGAUGGUGAAACAUCCACACCGGGUGAAACAGAUAGGGUUCCUGCAGGACUUCCAGAUGAUGGAGUCUUGAAUGUGCCUGUCCAUGCCUUGGUGGUUGGCCACGGGGCUUAUAUGAGCAUAAUGAUAAAAUAUUUUUUUGAGGAUCUUAAGUGCCCCAUGCCCCGUGGUUUAGACCCUGCUCACCGGUAUUCCAUCUGCCCGAACACUGGAAUGUGCCGAUUUAUUGUCACUUUGAAAUGUAGUAAUGCUGGUCUUGCACUUUUAGACAUGAAAUGUGUGUUUAUCAACAGAAGAGAUCACAUCAUGUAAGAACAACAGUUUAAAAAUUUAAAAGGUAAAAUGCAAGAAAGCAACAAAAUGUUUACGUGUUAUGCAGAAAUUAAGUCAUAUUCAAGCACUUUAUUCCGAUUCAUGAUACAGAAUGUUGUGAUGGACAGAACAUAUCAACUUUUAGAAGGAUGAUGUAUAAAAAAGGAUUUCAGUUUUAACUUAUGAGUAUAAACAAUUACAUCAUUUUAUAUGUGCGAUUACCAUUUAGACACUGGCAGUAUUUAAUAUUAACCUCUAAAAGUGUUUAAUAUUCUGUAAGGGAGUGUUUGUGUAAGUUAUUGAUUUAAUUUUAAAUGUAUAAAAGUAUAAUUUUAACUAAAUAAAUAUGUCCUCCAUUUA